AUGCAAACGGCCGUUUCAGUGGAAAAAAAUUCCGAAGAAACAACCGAACAUCUGCCAUACAACACCACCGAAGCUUCAGCUUCAGCUUCCCUCAGCGAACUCAGCUUCGAUCCCGAUUCCGAGCAAAUUAGUUUCGCGAAAGACAAUGCGCGAUCUAACAAGGAAAAAUUAAUGGAUGCCGCGGAAUUAACGGAUCUUAACGAGCGCAGGGUCUACUACAUCUACCAUCCCACAGGCUCGUUCCAGAAGGUUGUCUAUGCGGCCAAGGAGGCGGAUGUUGAGACGGAGGAGGCCGGAAGUACGCAGCGGAAGUACGUGUUGCCUAUCAGGGAACCUGUUGUCACAUACGAUCCCAGGACUUUUGUUUUCCAGAGACUUAUACGUGUUUAA